AUGUUUCGCGUCAAAACAUACGAAGAUCAAGCCUGCUUGCGCAGCAGUUCAGCCGGCAAGCGACCCUUUGAAGUGGUAGUCCAUAAUGUCACUUGUUCAACCUUUGAUAGCCUUGCGCCUCUAGUGUUAUGUGAUGUUAAUAAGUUGGCUACAAGUCGCUAUUCCAUAAACAUAUGGUUUAAAUUGUCGCGAACCGUACCUGCUCAUAUCAUUGUAAGAGGUAUUAUUGACGUUGGUGGAUUCGGACGCAAAACUGUCAGAUUUUUCGAUAUAAAAAUUAACGUUUGCGAUUUAUUGCAUUGGAGUUCAUCGUCUGUGUUUUUAGUUAGACAAGUUAUGGACAUAAUAAGAAGAAACGGAAAUCUUCCACUAUCGUGUCCAAUUGAAGCGGAUAAGAUGUACAACCUGACAAACUUAGUCAUAACAGAUGAGCUAUUUCCCAUGUAUACACCUGCUAUUCAUUUGAAUGUCACUGUGAAUUUCUAUGAUAAGGAAAAGCUUUUGGUCACAUAUCUGCUGCGGGGAUAUACCAUUCCAAGAAACAAAAGAAAAUUUUGA